GCGACUUUCGGUUUUUAGUUCAACCGCCUUCUUUCUCCGGGCUACCCUAUUUUAGACACAUCGAGUCAACAACACCCACCUUCAGGCGCUUUCAUAUUGUUAGAUACACUUCCCACAUAUCUUUUGAAAACAUUCCUUUUGGCCACCACAUACCUACCAACACAACUAGGGCCUACUCCUUUACUUCCGGUUUCUUCAAGCUUUGAUCUACAACAUGAUGAUGCUUCGAAAUCCUGGUUUGAUUUCGUUCAUAUGCCUGAUCCAUUCCAUCCAGGCCAUCACUAGAACUCGUGUUCCCAGGUCUCUGGCCUUCGCAGGUGGCGCCAAGAGCGGAGGUCACUUGUUACUUUUACCACGAAAAAUUAGUGAUUCAAACUCACAUCCGCAAGUGCUUCAAGAGAUACACAACUUGGCAGGCUGUGGCGGUGAAAUUUGUGGAACGUUGGCAGGUGAUGCGGUCCAACCGCUCUUAGCAGGUGCGGAUGAAUGUGCCCAGCAGGAUAUGGCCGACAAAAUGAUAGACAUAGCUAAAUCGAAACUUCAAGACAAAGCCGUCCAAAAAAAAUUGAUCGAGCUGGCGAAAACGUACCGACAAACCGAAAGGAACACCUUCCCAGAUUACUCUUCACCCUCAACGCCGGACAGAAAUAGUCUGUAUUGUCAGAAGAAACCCAAGAAUCCCGAACUCGUCGGCUUGUCGCAAAAGCAAAGCUCGGCCGCUGAUCCUAAGUUGUUCUUUGACCCUAAGUCUAACGGUAAAAGUAUUCAAAAAGGCUCAGAUCCGCGGACGGAGCCAUUGGGUGCCGCCAAAGGGCAAACGACGCCCGUCAACAGUACCGCAUCAACCAAGGAGGACACUGAUGAUCCGGAUGUCGAUGAAGAUGAUGUGCCGGAGGAUGGAAGCGAUGAAGCGGCGGGGAAUGCGUCUGACAACUCGGCUAAUGCGAGCAGUCCCGGGCCCAACGCGUUCUCAUCGAGCACGACUCGCAGUCCGACUCAAGUCCAACACGAUCGAGAGCUCGGGAUAGUCGAAAGUAGUCGGCCUCACAAGCUCGCUGACAGCACCCAGUCCUCACAAGCUCCCACCAGCGUCCGACCGCAAGCUCCUUCGACUGAUCCCGUGAAGAACUCGGCCACAAAAGAAAAGUCCCAGCCUCCACAAGGCAAGCGAAAAUCAUCAGGCAAAUGUCGCCCAAAACGCUUGAGGAGGGUAUAGAAACUCCCCUCGCUUCAUUCCCCCAGAGUGUGUGGUAAAGAUUCCUUAAAAUCUGUGAAUAGCUUUCUAUGUAAAUACAUUUAUUUUGGGGAUUUCCGUUGCUUUGGGUGUGUAUGUACAUGAUACACGACAUGAUAAUCAUUUAUUUCUCGUUUUUUUUUUUUUUGGCUCAAUAAAAUUUUCCAAUGACUGGUCUCAUUGAUUGAAAUAUUUGAUGUGUUAAUGAGAGUUAAAUCGCCUUUGAACUGUAGCCUCUCAUGUCACGACAAGAUGGCAAAUUCCUUGCCGAUGGUAUGCGCUCUUUUUUUCGUUGUUACUCGCAAACAUGCGAGAAUAAUCA